AUAUCAGAUUGGAUGAGUGAGCAUAGAGUUCAUGAUAUCUCGGAAGGAGAUAUAGCCAUCCGCCUUGACUUGAUCGCAAAAGUCAACGGUCUCGGAGAAGCCGACAAGUUUUUCGAAAAGAUUCCUAUCGAGAGGAGGAACUACCAUCUCUACGGCGCCCUCUUGAACUGCUACGCCACCAAGAAGGUCUUGCACAAAGCUGACCAGCUCUUCCACGAGAUGAAAGACCUCGGCUUCCUCAGAGGCUGCCUUCCCUACAACGUCAUGCUCAACCUCUACAUCAGGUGCGGCAAACACGCUUUGCUCGAGAAGCUUCUCCGCGAGAUGGACGACGGGAACGUCAAGCCUGACAUCUUCACUGUCAACACGCGCCUCCACGCCUACUCUCUCGUAUCCGAUGUCGAGGGAAUGGAGAAGUUUCUUACGAGGUGUGAGUCUGACCCUGGACUUGACCUUGACCUUGACUGGCGGACUUACGCUGAUGCUGCAAACGCAUACAUUAAAGCCGGUUCGACCGAAAAGGCGAUGGAGAUGCUGCGUAGAUCAGAGCAGUUGGUGAGUCCUCAGAAACGAAAGCAUGCCUACGAAGUUCUCAUGUCGUUCUACGGCGCUGCUGGUGAGAAACAAGAGGUCUACCGUCUCUGGGCCUUGUACAAGGAGCUUGGUGGGUUCUUCAACACUGGGUACAUAAGCGUGAUCAGCGCGCUCUUUAAGGCGGGAGAUAUUGAGGGUGUUGAGAAGAUUAUGGGAGAGUGGGAAGCUGGACAUUCUCUUUUCGACGUCAGGAUCCCGCAUUUGUUAAUAACGGGUUACUGCAAGAAGGGGAUGAUGGACAAGGCGGAGGAAGUUGCAAAGAUGGUGCUCCAGGAGACGAGCACGUGGGAGAGGUUAGCUCUGGGUUACAAGAUGGCGGGGGAGAUGGAGAAGGCAGUGGAGAGAUGGAAGAAGGCAAUAGAGGUGAGCAAGCCAGGGUGGAGACCACACAUGGUUGUGCUGAUGAGCUGUGUGGAUUAUGUGGAGGGUCAAAGAGACAUGGAGGGUUUGAGAAAGAUUCUGAGGCUGCUAAGCGAGCGAGGACACAUUUCUUACGAUCAACUACUCUACGACAUGAAGGAAGCUGGGGGACUGAGUUGGAAGAUAGUCGAUGCAAUGGGUUCAAGUCAAGUUCAACAUUAAAGAAGCGCAAGUAAGAUUGUAGCCAGAACGAAACAUUGGAGUCUUGCUUGACAGACCAUUUGGAUGCUUAAUUCCAUUUAUUAUGAGUUUUUUCUUUGGGCUUAA